AUUCUAACUCAAGCUCGUUGAUCUAGGCACUCCGAGCUCUCAGCAAGCUAAAGGCAAAUGCAAAUCCAAUAUAAUCCAAUCUAAACAUCUUCCGAAUCCUCGUGCACGUGUGUGCUGUCGCUGUGUCGGUGUGCGUCGUGGGUGCUGCUUAGACUUGCGGUCAUGUCGGGAAAAUUUCGAAAGCCGUUGGCUGUGAAAGCGAAAACGCGACGGAUUGGGAAAGGACAGAGUAGUUCUUCCAACCCGAGUCAACGAAAAUUCCGUCUAGCAGCUAAAAACAAAUCGCAAGGAGUUGUCACCGGUGUCGCCAGUCCCAAAGGUGAACUCACUGUUCAACGUCUGCAACAUCAUGACAGCUGUGUAGAUGCCUCUCAUAGCUCAGAGUCUGUUCUGGACGCUCUGGAGGUUCAGACUGUAGCGAGUGAUGGAGGCUUCACUGCAGAAUCUGGAUGGACAAGUGCCUCAACGGUCGCAAUGGCACGGUUCCUCUCCCACUGGGACCACAAGUCAGCAUUGCAUCAGGAAAUGAUGGCUCUGUAUGCUGCUGCCACAGAAGUUAUCCGGAUGAGCGGUGGCCAGGCUUCGGACACGGAGUAUUUUGCAGUUCUGAUGACGACGCUGGAAUCUGUUGACACAGACCUCAAGAGGACUGCUGCUGCAGCACUGCUGGCCAUCUUCGCCAGCAGAUUGCCGACGGCAGUUCUGCGCAAGAAAUUUUCAUGGAUCACGACCAUGUGCAUCAACUUCCUGCAGUCUUACUCCAACACUACUCAUGUGAUGCUCCUGCGAAAUCUGCUAAGCUUGUUGGCUACCUGUCUGAAAUCUUUGGAGAUAGCUGCCUGGAAUGAUUCUUCCACUAUUCAAGUCUUCAGUGCAAUGUUCCCCUUCAUCACGGACAGCAAACCAAAGCUGCGGAAGUUUGCACAGAGGGCCAUUUGCAGAGUCCUCGUAGGAAGUGCAUUCCAGACAGGUGCUCCAGUCGCACAUCCAGCGUCACCGGCGGUUGCCGACUUCUGCAUCAAGCUGAUUGAAACAGCUUCGGCCACUUCCCUGCCUGUGUCUACGCUCCAUGCGUUUGGCUUCCUGAAGGGUGCCCUGGCACACUUCCCGCAAGCUCAGAUCAAAGCUACGUGCGAGACUCUUCUUCAAGUCAUGGCUGUGGGACACCCGACAGUCGUUCGUUGUGGGAUGCUGACUCUUCAAAGUUUUUUCGGCUCGAAGCCCUCGCCUACAGCCUUGGUACCUGAGCUGAAUGCCCAGUUGGUCAAUGCUCUCUAUGACUACCAGCCUCGGAUCCACGAUGCCAAACUGCUCGAUGUGUGGCUUGGGAUGAUGCAGGAAGCAUUCCUGAAUCUACAGCGGCUCUCGGAUAAACUCUUCCUGAGCAACCUCCCGAAAUUUGUCGGCCUGGCUGUCAACUGCUGGCGAUGCGAUAAGACGUCUGUCCAUUACACAGUGGCCUCUGUUCUCACGGCACUGGUGCAAAAGGGCCUUGAGCCAUGCAUCAUUAAACUGACACCCGCUGAGGUGGCAGCAAUGGAUGGCAGAAGUGCAUUGCCCUGCGUGAAAGUGAUAGAGCAGCUGCACCGAGCCUUGCACUACCAGUUCUCUCCUGUCUGGGACCAGGUCCUCUUUGUGUGGGCAGCAUGCUUUGAGGUGCUGGGCAAGCUCUUCCAUUCCCACAUGAAGGAGUCAUUGCGCUUGAUGGGCGAGAUGCGUGACUCAUCGAGCUCCCAGAACAACGCAGUCAUUGAAAGGGCCAUCGGCUCUGCCAUCAAAACAAUGGGGCCGGGACCCGUGCUGGAGACCAUCCCACUGAAGCUCAUGGGAGUAGAUGGCCCCCUCGACUUUGAUCGAAGUUGGCUCCUGCCCAUCUUGAGGGACAACGUGAGGAACACGCAGCUAGCAUUCUUUGCAUCAUACUUCCUGCCACUAGCAGAGGCUCUCCACAAACAAGUGGAAAAGCAGGACCAGAGCCUGGCCAUUGUGAAGACCUACGAGGUUCUGGAGAAGCAGGUUUGGUCUCUGCUCCCAGGAUUCUGCACAGGGACAACGGAUGUUCAGGAGUCUUUUGCUGGGAUUGCCCGGACACUUGGCAUCUACUUGAAUACCCGUCCAGAUUUAAGAUUGGAGAUCAUGUCGGGGCUUCGCCUCCUGAUCAACACAAGUAAUAACAAUGCUGAACACACGCGGGAGCUGAGCACGUACGCCAAGAACUUCCUCCCAAUCUUCUUCAACAUCUACACCACCGAGACAUCGAGCCUCACAGAGGAGGGUGUCCGCCUGGCUGCUUACGACACUAUCAAAGUGUUUGUCAGCAUUGCAGAUGAUGUGCUUUGCACACAACUUUUCUUGAACGCCUCCAAGAAGCUGUCGGCAGAGGGUCUGACCCCGUUUGGCAAGCACGCCAUUCUAGACCUGGCGAGGUCUCUUGUCUGCAAAAUGAGCACUGAAAAUGUGGAGCGGCUGUACCUCAUGGCAAAGUCGGAAGUUGGGAACGCUGAGCGCAGAAUUCAGAAAAAGGCCUACCGAGUCCUGGAGGAAGUGUGUCGCGGCCCCACCCCCGCCUGCAAAGCAUUUCUGGAGAACAAUGUGGCAGACCUCAAGGCUCUUCUCCUGGACAACCUGAGGACGACCAAACCUGGAUCAAGAGCGCCACGUCUACGAUGUCUGGGGUUGCUGCUUGACAACCUGAGUGUGGAGCACAAGGCAUUUGCAUCUUCAGUCCUCAGUGAGGCUGUGCUUUGUGUCAAAGUGAAUGCCAACAAGGUGCGCCAGGCAGCUUUGGAAGUGAUCCUUGGGGUGGGCAAGGCCUUCGUACGCUGGCAACUGGAGGACCCCAGCGGUGCCAUCAAAGAUCUGCUGUCGCAACUGACGGCGGGCUUCACUGGAAGUGCAUACCUUGUCAGCUGUACUGUCCUGGCUCUUUCCAAUGUGCUGCACCAAUUCAAGGGACAGUACAGUCCUGAAGUGCUGAAGAGCAUCAUCGGAGCCGUAGAUAUCUUGAUGGGGUCGCACAACCGGGAGAUCGUUCAGGCCGCCCUGUACUUCGUCCGAAUGCUCUUCGUCAUCCUUGACUCUCAAGAACUGUCUAUGAACUUGCAGCACCUGGUGUCUCGCCUCUGCAGUAUUUCCGGGGAUAUCCAGAAGCACUUUAGGAUAAAGCUACGGAACAUCUUUGUCAAGCUCAUCCGAAAGUUUGGGUAUGAGACUAUUGUGGGCAUGCUUCCCGAGACGCACCGCAAGCUGGUCUCCAACAUCCGCAAAGUCGAGGAGCGCAAGAAGCGUCGAAAACAACAGCAUGGGGAUCAUGAUGAGGAAUCUGGCAAUGAAGACUUGGAAAAGGAGGAAAUUGCUGCUGCAAAGACCGGCACAGAAGGGAUUGAGGAGAUUCUGCGAGACACCAGUGACGAAGAGGACUCCGACGAUGAAGUCGACCGGAGGAAGAAGAAGAAGGCACUCCGAAAGAGCACUCGGGCCUGGAUUGAAGAACAAGGGGAAAAUGACAUUGUUGACUUCCUUGACGCAUCGGCUGGCAAGAAAAUCACGUCAACUGAUCCCAAGAGUGCUCCAAAGAGAAAGGGCAAAUGCAGCUUUGAUGUGACUGAAGAUGGUCGGCUCUUGAUUGUCGAUGAGCGAUUGAAACCUAGGAAGAAAGAAGAAUCUGCAAGCGAUGUCGAAGAGGAUGCCAAUGACCUGCUGGAAGCUCUGUCCCACUACAAACAGAAUCCAAAGCUUAGGCAGAGCACUGAUCUGAGUGCCGGAGAAGGAACUUCGGGUACAUCCAGGGCAGGUGAAAGUGCCCCCCCAAAGAAGAGGAAGGCUGCAGAUGCCAAGGGCGCCUCUGGAGACAGGAAGAAGGGGAGGUUUGAACCCUAUGCUUAUGUACCAAUGAACCGGAAAGCGCUCAAUAAGAGGUUCAAGAAGUCUCAAGAGUUCAAGAACAUCAUCAAGGCAGCUCAGAAGGGUGCAAAAAAAGGCCAAAAGAAAGCAGGGCGAGCAAAAAAGUGACCUAGAGCCUAGUUAGAAUUGUGCGUAUCUAAAGCUUAAAAAUAUUGUGUUCAAUGGCAUGGCUUUCAGGUGUAAGCUGCGCUCCUGUUUUUGCAAUGAAGUUCCGUAAGCCAGAGAAUGGCCUUGCCAAACCGAUUGUACACAGCCUUGAAAUAACAAAACAAAAAGAAUGAGACAUUUCACUUCCCAAUCAGAGAGCGUCUUCAUUUUGCUUUAUGAGUACUGAAGAUACUCCCUGUAUGGGAAGCCUAGUCAUCUUAUAGUUUUAUUAUGUCAAGUUGGUGUAUUAAUGUUUUUAAAACCUAUUUCCCUUAACUAACAAAUAAUUUAAAAACAUGGCAUCGGAUAAAAUCUGUUGAGAUGCAGAUUUCAUGAGCACAUUUGACAUAUGCUUACUGGCAAGCACAUAAACUGAACCAUUGAAGUUAAUGGCAGUGUCUAGAAUUCAAGAAUAUGUUUCUUCUACAACAUUAAUAAAGCCUAUAAUAAAAAAAUA